AUGGGAGGAAAGCCAAAACAAGCACAACGAACCAAAGGAAAUUUAAAACCUUCAAAAUCCAGCAACUUCAAUACUGAUCCAGCACCACUGCUGAGCUUUACACCAGUCGAUUCUGCUUUACUUCAAUCGUCACUUGUUGCUGGAUUCAAUGUAGAAGAAAUCGUCGAAAUUGAUCCAAAUAUAGAUCAGAACUUUCAGGUUGUCUUGCGAAAGAUGUGCAAAAAGGACCCAACAACAAAAAUAAAGGCAUUAAAAGAGUUUAUCGAUCUAACGAAUGAGUCAGAGCUUGAUGUCGUACUUACGGCAAUUUUAAUGUACGCAAAAGUCUAUAAUCAAUUGUCAACAGAAGUCGAUGCUCGAGUUCGUGAAAGCUGUCAGCUAUCCUUACUUACAAUUGUCAACAAGAUUGGAAAGAAUCUAGCUACGAUUCUAAAGCAAAUCUUUCCAUCUUGGAUCUGCGCACAAUAUGAUACUCAUCCAACAGCAGCUAGUAUAGCAAAGAAUAGCUUUAAUAAGGCAUUUCCACCAAACAAAGUGAGUGAAGUUUUUUCGUUUUGUGAAUCGGAAGUUCUAGACAAUUUCAUCAAGAACCUGACUGUUUUAAAUCCGCAAACAAUAUGCAAUAGUAAAGUCUACUCGAGUGAAGAGUGUGAGGCAAAAUAUGAGCGAGUUGUGAUAGGAAGUUUAAGAGGAUAUAUUAAUUAUCUUGAAAAGAUUCCGUCCGAUAAGAUUGAAAAGUCAUUGGAACGAAAUAGCAAUUUAGUUGCACAUGACAAGUUUUGGAGUUUUCAUAAGAACAAGUCACCGUACAUAAGAGCUGCAUUCUUUGAAGCAUUAACAUCAAUUUUACAACAUUCACCAAUUUUAAUGAAGAACCUUGAGCCACAAUUAACAUCAACUGUCUUUAAAAUGCUCGAUGAAAGUGAACCGUCAGUUCUAUCGCACAUUUGGACAAGCAUUUUACUUGUUCAAUUAAAAGUUGAGGAUUGGCAUAGUCACAUUAAUAUUAAUAAGAUGUUAUUACCAAAAUUGUGGAAAAUCCUUCGAACUUGCUUAUAUCCCUGCAUUAUCUAUCCAAACUUACUUCCUUUAGUAUCGAAAUUUAACAAAACAAUUUUGCCUGAUGAUCAACUUCAAAACUUUUACUUAAAAUUCUUCGAAAAUAUCAAUGAAGGAUUAAGGACUGUCCAAUUAAGUAAAUCGGAACUAUCAACUGUUGCCUCAACCUAUUUUGAGAUCCUCCAAUACAUCAUAAUUCAAAUUAUUAAUGACACAGAACAAAAUGAUGAAGAGAAAUUGAUUAAAGUCAACAGUCUUAUUGAUGAUCACAUUAUAGCUGUAAUCUAUUGGUGCAUAAAUUCUGAUAGCUUAUUUGGUAAAGUUGUGUUCAGUAAGAUUUCUGAGAUAAUUAAGCAUUGGUCUAAGAAUAUAGCAACAAAAGACAUUUAUAGUAAAAUAUUUGAUAGAUUUUGGAUUGAACUAUAUCAAGUACUUGAAGGAAGUCUUGAAAAUAGUAAUUUACAGCAAAUAUCUAAUGGUCAUGUAGAACUUAUUAAAAACUUAAAGACAACAACGUCGAAGCCAAAAGGUGUUAAAAUAAAGGUCGAAGAUGAUCCAAUUGAACAGCCUGAAGUUGUUGUAAUAACUGAAAAAGUCAAGGAUAUUUCAUUUGAUGGACCACUUUGUGAAUUAGUCUAUAAAUUGAGUUUAAGCUAUGUCGAGAAGAUUAAUACGACAUUAGACAAGAAUUUGGUUGAAAAUUUAGACAUAAUGAUUAAGGAAUAUCAAUCAAAGGAACUGUUUAAGCACUUGGCUAGCAAUCAAGAAGAUAAGAGCAUUUGUUCACUAUACGAUACAUUCGCAGAAUGGCUACAAAAUGAAGAACUUAAAUGUGAGGCAGUCAUUGAGAUAAUUUUAGCACUUUACAAGUAUUUGGAACCGUCUGAAAAAAUUGACUUGCUUAAUCGUUGGAUUCGAAUUCCUACAAUCCAGAAGAAUUGGCUUAUUAUGAGAGCAUUAAGUUAUCCAUUGUGCUGUGAUGCAGGCAUAACAAAAUUUCUUAAAAUGAAAGAAGUAACGGAUUAUCUUUCAGAAUGUGCCACUAAUGUUUCAAAUGGAAGUUAUAAGGAUAAUUUAAUUAUUUUACAAAAAUGCUUUUUUCAAACUGAAAAUGGUGACAUUUUGAUUGAUAAUUUGACAUGUGGAAGUAUCAUUGAUAUUAUUUGCAAUACAUUAACUGAUUCCACUAAAAUUAAUCAAGUCGAUCAAUGUGCAAGUUUCCUCGCUCAAAUAUUCUCAACAAUUUGUUCAGAUCCAACCAAAAAGGACAUCCAGUUGAAGAUAUUUUUAAGCUUAUUUGAUUUCUCAAUCACUAAGGAAGUAUCUGACAAUUUUUCUGAGGACACAAUGUGGGAAAUAUCGACAUCAUGGCAAGAUGCAUUGUCUAGUGGCGAUUUAGAGAUGAAUGAUGAGCUUUUGGGUCAUUGUAGUAAAGUCAUAAACACAAAAUUGAGUACUUCAACUAUCGCAGAUGAAAGUAUUGAAAAUGUCGAAAGGUUUGCUGAAUUAGUGUCCAAACUUGUGCUGUGUUCGAAUGAAGAUAAGCAAGGCAACGAAAGAGAUGAAGCUAUAAAUUCUAUGCUUAAAGUUUUACUCAAUCAAGAGAAUAUUUAUGAGGAUUAUUUAGAAGAUCUAUGCCUGAGUAUCAAGUCAAUUCGUGGAGAUAAGACAUUCGAAGAAAGAACUCUUUUAGACAGCAACAAUGUCAACUUUAAUGAUGCUUUAGAUUCACAUUUAAAGUAUAAAAUCUUUAGCUUAAAUGUCAUUUUAAUGCUCAGCUGUAAUAUAAAGAAAAAGCAGCAACAAGACAAGAGCAGUUUCGAUGACGAUGACAGUGAAAUUGACAAUCAUGAAAUAGAUUAUUCAGUAAUGAAGCAACAAGAAAUUCAGGAUGAAGAAAUAACUGAAGAUUAUUGUGAUUUAAAUGAGAAUUUAUUAAAGGAAUGGAAAGAAGUCGUUAUGGACAAAUUCUUUGAUAUUUCAAUCAGUUCUGAAGCAAUUCUUAAUACAUUUUUAUUACAUAUCAGAAAGAUGAAUCCGAAUCUUGAAAAUUGGAUCCUUUAUACACAGGAACGUUUGAAAGUUUAUCUUAUUGAAAAUUUACCAGAAUCAAUUCAGAAUGAAAUUAAGGAUGAAUUAUUUGGACGGAUUAUGACAAAAGGAGAAUUUUAUGUCGAUUGUUUACCUCUUUUACUCUGCACCAAAGCAUAUAAUAAUGAAAAUGGAAAGGCUGCACUGUAUAAUGAUAUUCUCAGCCUAGUAAACAGUGAUGAAGUGUCACUUACUUAUAUUAAUAUCCUUCAAACAUUCGAAAAAGUGUUGGAUAAAAAAUUUAUGUCAAUUACGUCAAAUCUUGCUGAAAAAUGCUUCAAUUAUUUACUCAAAGUAUCUGCAGCAAGUGUUUUUAUAAGAAAUCACUUGGAUGUUUCUGAUUUUAAUGAACUCAUUGACCGUAUGAUUAUUGGACAUGGAUUGAUAUUGAUGAAUGAGAUAAUUAACAAAAAUAAGGAACAUCCAUUCUUGUUGUACAACAAGGAUGUGUCACUUGAAGACCCAAAUAAUGUUCUGACUGUCUCAGCAAUAGCUAAUUUCAUGAGUGAAUGUCUUCUUUAUUUUCCAACUGAAAUUGAUGUUAAGCGAUGGGAUUUUAUACGAAUUGCUUUAAGUAGCUGGAUCUUGUCUGUGUCUAAAAGUUGUGAAAAGUUUAACAACGAAACAGUCAAGAACUUUAUUGUCGCUAUAUUCCGACUUAAUGCUUCACUUCAAAAGUUCAUUGUGGCUGAAAAAAUAAAAAGCUCUACUGAGUUUCUCUCAAAUAUGAUCGAGGAAUGGGAAAAUGUAUUCGCAAAAGAUGUCAAUUUAGUGCUCAUUAAAUCAUUUAUUUACAUCGUUAAGAAUAUCGAUUACAGUUCGAAACAUCACGAAGUAUUUGUUGAUGCUCUAUGUCCACAUAUUGAAUAUAUAGACUUUAGCUAUGUACUACAAGGAAAGAAAAUCGAUCAUACAUUCUCACUGGAUAAUUUAGUUGAAUUUUCAUUAGAAAAUUUAUCGAGCAAGCAUAAUGGAAUUAGCAUAACUGCUGCAACAAUCAUCAGGCAGCUAACUGAUGGAUUCUUAAAGUUUGAUUUGGAUACAUUGAAUAAGAAAAGCAGUGAGGAAUACAAUGAAAGUGAAGACGAUGAAGAGAAUUUAGAAAAUUUCAGAUGGCACAUUUUGGAGUCGUUUAGAGACACACUAGAAAGUUAUCAGGAAAUCAUGAAGGACUUGUCAGAAGAUUUCAGCUUUAAAGCCAACGAUAUGGAAGACGACAUGAAAAUUCCAUCGGAAGUAGCUUUACCGUAUCUUUUGCUUUGGCAUUGUAUCUUAAACUUCUGUUCUAAAGCACGACCAGAAUUAAGGACUGUUUAUGCUCGUUGGAUAUCAAUGAAUAAAUUCGAGGAAGUCUUUUUGUUCUCAUUAUUCAAAAUGAUGCCUCGUGAAAUUCUUAAGAAUCCCGAUAUAUCCACUAAACUUGGACACACAGCAUUCUCAACAUUAGAUUGGAAAGACAUUCAAGAUUCAAAAAUUGACAUCGAGCGAUAUUCAGCAUUUUUGUAUGGAGAAAGUCUUCGAGUAGUUCCAGCGAUUGUACGUAAAUGGUGGCAUGCAUGUAGCACAAGACAAGCACAAGUGAUUGAUAAAUUGACAGCAAAUUACGUAUCACCAAUUUUAUGUAAUGAAGACUUGACUGUGCUGACAAAUAUGAAGGAACGAGAGGGACGUAAUAGCAUGAACAUUCGAGUAUUAAUGCAGGCACGAGAAGUUAUAGCUACGUACUCAUUAGAAGAAGCUAAAAUGGAACUCGUUGUUUGUUUGCCACAAAAUUAUCCUUUAGGUGCCAUAAAGGUUGACUGUAAGAAGCACAUUGGUGGCAAGUUUCAAGCUAGAGAAAUUGUGAAGCAAUUGUCAAUUUACUUAACACAUCAGAAUGGAAGGCUUUAUGAUGGAAUCUUCAUUUGGAAACGAAAUCUUGAUGGGAAAUAUGAAGGCGUUGAGGAAUGUUAUGUCUGUUAUUCAGUCAUUCAUCAGGAGAAUCUUCAAUUACCAAGAAACACAUGCAAAACUUGCAAAAAGAAGUUCCAUUCAUCCUGUUUGUAUCGCUGGUUCACAUCAUCUAACAAGUCAACAUGUCCUUUAUGCAGAAAUCCAUUUUAA